CUACCUCUGCACAUGUGAACGGACUUUCCAUUACUCAAUCGCUGAUCAUGGCUUGUGGUCUCACGAGAAGUCUAGCCCAGAAAGCACUCUUUUAUGGAAAGUGUCUUUCCAGUUCUUCAACUGGCAAUAGGUUAUUGAACACAACCUCACUAUGCCUUGGCAAGCUCCAACCGACCGAUGAUGAAUUCUACACAAAAACAACAAUCAGCCUCCUCUCAAAGGAGACCUCAGAUGUUCCCUUCAUUUCAAACUACAGCAUCCAAGGUUUUACCAUCAGUGGAGACAAGGUCUAUGGGCCGGUGGCCAUCUUGCCCAGGAGUUUGCUAUCAUGGAAUAUUGCUGGAUUGCACGAUAUUAAUGAAGACAGUCUAUCAUUGUUUCAUCUGAUAGAACCCAAAAUAGAAAUCUUGGUGAUAGGAACUGGAGCAACACUUCAAAAGUUAAGUCCAGAGCUACACAGGUUCAUGAGACUGAAAGGAAUAGCAUUAGAGGUUCAAGAAACGUCUCAUGCCUGUGCAACAUUCAACUAUCUAGCCAGAGAGAGCAGAGUGGUAGCAGCAGGGCUUUUACCACCAGAACAAGUAAAACGAUGAUCCUUCCCUGGAGCUAAUUUGCUUGGUGAUAUUUAUUGACUCUUAAUGGCCCAGUGUUAGUUUUGGGGGACUCGUUCCCCUAAUAGCCUGAUGCUGAAUGUUAGGACUUCUUCACCAAAGAGAGGGGUUAACCAUCUCCCAAAUGGCCCUGUUGUUGAAUUGAAACCUUCUGGUGUAUGAGUGCAGAGACAAUGGGGAAGGCAAAAAGAAUGUUGCCUAAGGGAAAUUCCACAAAUUAUGAGACAU